CCAACCAUAUAUUUUGGAUGGAUGCAGCGCUGAGUAAUCCUAAAUGUAAUGUGACUUAACCUUACUCUUUAAUAUUUACAUAUUUUUGACAGCCCUUACGUUUGUAGACAUCCAUUAAUUGACAGCACAAUUAUCGUAAUCAACCCACACAAAAGGGGGCGGUAUUGCAAUCUCUGCUACUCUUGUGACGUUCAUACGUUUUCUUUUCACAGUCUAUGGUUCACACACACAACAUACUACUAAUCCACGUGAGUUAAACAAUAGGAACUAAUACACGUUCAUUCUACAAAAUGUCCAAACUACAUCUGCUGAAUGUGUUUCUUACCGAGCGAUUAACAGCGGCGGCUGUUGAGAUAUUUGUGGUCGUGGAAAAAACGGUAUCAGAGUACCAGGAAGAAAUCUCCCGUUCAAAGGAGGAGAUCGAUCGUCUACGGAUGCUGCUGGAUGUCGUGACUCAACCAAAGAUACAUUUGCAUAAAGCAGAUCCCCAGCAGCUAAUACUCCCUAUCCCUGAAGAGGGGGAGCAGCAGCACUGUGAGCAGGAGUGGUGGUGCACCAGUCUGGGGCAGGAGGACCCAGAGCCCAAACAGAUUAAAGAGGAACAGGAGGAGUUUGGGACAGGUCGGGAGGAAGAGCAGCUUCAGGGGCUGGAGUCUGAUAUCAAAGAGUUCAUAAACAAUCCUUCCUUUGUGAAAAGUGACUGUGAUCAGGACCCACCUCAGCCCUCACAUAUUUACCAAAUCCAAAUGGUGGAGAAUAGAGAGAGGGAUCAUAUGAGGACACACACUGGAGAGAAACAAUAUCAGUGUAGUGAAUGUGGAAAAUGCUUCAGCCAGAAGAUAUGCCUGGAAGAACAUAUGGUGACUCACAAAAGAGAGAAACCACAUCAAUGUGAAAACUGUGGUAAAUUUUUUAGCCUCAAGCAUAACUUAACAGUCCAUAUGAGGAUACACACGGGAGAGAAACCAUAUCAGUGCAAAGAAUGUGGCAAAUGCUUUGGUUACACCAAAUCCCUGGCAAAGCAUAUGAGGAGUCAUACAGGAGAGAGACCAUAUCAGUGUUGUUAUUGUGGCAAAAGCUUCACUCAGAAGUUCAGCCUGAAAGAACAUAUUAGUAUUCACACAGGUGAGAAACCAUAUAAGUGCCCCAUGUGUGUAAAAUGCUUCAGGGCAGCACGAUUUCUAAAACAGCACCAACAGAUUCACAGAGAACAACCAUAUUGCUGACUUUUUUGUGGUUAAUGCUUCACUUGUAAGAACUGAGGAUGAGGAUGAACACAGAGUGAGAAACAUGACAUUGCUGCUUAGGGCAAAAUCUUUCUCUCACUUGUGCAGUAAGACCUUUCGAUAGUAAAAGCUGAUGUUUCAUAACCCAUCUGAGCAUGGCACAAAAGUGGAUAGUAUGUUUUGUAGAACCAGUAUUUUUAGUUUACACAGUAAGCUUUUUAAGUUUGUCCCAACAUAUGAGUCUCCCAUUUGGAUUACACCUUAAAGUCACAGCAAACUAGUACAUUGGUGUUAUCUAAAUACAUAAAGGAUGUCUACAUUUUGAUGGGAAAGUGCUUCACAUUUGAAGACAUGCUACCUUAUACCUGUAGUGGCAGGACAAACAAACCCAUCAGGUCAAUGAUCUUGGUUAAAUAUACAGUGCCUUUGCUAUGAGACUCAAAAUUGAGAUCAGUUACAUCUUGUUUACAUUGAUCAUCCUUUAGAUGUUUCUACAACUUGAUUGGAGUCCACCUGUGGUAAAUUAAAUUGAUUGGACAUGAUUUGGAAAGGCACACACCUGUCUAUAUAAGGUUCCACAGUUGACAGUGCAUGUCAGAGCAAACACCAAGCCAUGAGGUCAAAGGAAUUGUCUGUAGAGCUCCGAGAAAGGAUUGUGUUGAGGCAACGAUCUGAGGAAGGGUACCAAAAUAUGUCUGCACCAAUGAAGGUCCCCAAGAACACAGUGGACUCCAUAAUUCUUAAAUGGAAGAAGUUUGGAACCACCAAGACUUCCUAGAGCUGGCUGCCUGGCCAAACUGAGCAAUCAGGGGACAAGGGUCUUGUUCAGGGAGGUGACCAAGAACCCAAUGGUCACUCUGACAGAGAUCCAGAGUUCCUCUGUGGAGAUAGGAGAACCUUCCAGAAGGACAACCAACUCUGCAGCAUUCUAUCAAUCAGGCCUUUAUGGUAGAGUGACCAGACCGCCCACUACAUGUUACAUUUCGCUUUCGACCAGCCACUCCUCAGUGAAAGGCACAUGACAGCCUGCUUGGAGUUUGACAAAAGGCAUCUAAAUACUCUCAGACCAAGCUUGUUUUUGUUUUGUCAUUAAUGGGUAUUGUGUGUAGAUUGAUGAGGAUUUGUAAUUUUUUUAAACACAUUUUUAGAAUAAGGCUGUAGCCUAACAAAAUGUUGGAAAAGUAAACGGGUCUGAAUACUUUCCAAAGGCAUUUUAUAUUGUGACUGUAUUGAGGAAUAAACAUGCACAACAUUGUAGAAGCCCAAAAUAGUGUGCAUAACAGAACCAUAGAUUUUUAAGCAUAUGCAGUUGCCAUCUCAUUUUGUUUUGAAUUAUACACAACGCGUAUCAGUGACUGUCUUCUAGCUGUACUGAAAGCAGCACAUAUUUGGUUUCAACAAGGCUCCUUGUUCAAAUGUUGGAGUGCCACCUCACCAGCUCUAGUGUCAUUACCUCGUAUGUUUUCUUAUGUAGUGGGUUUGACACCACUGCAUGGUGUUCUUUCUCAUAAACCUGACAUAGCCCCAGUCCAUGUAAUGCCAUGCUAUAUUGUUGUGAGCAUCUUAGCGUUGGUAUAUUAUGCUUCUUGUAAAUAAAGCUUUUUAUUUUUAAUCAUUUAAUUUAAUUUCAAGCUGUUAUAGAAGGCUAUUUUUUUCUCUCAAAUAAAUAUAGAUUCUCAACCUGUA